AUGUCGUCAACAAUGGAUCUCAGCCAAGUGCCUGCCUCGACGCCUCCUCCGGGGGUGACGUCCAACUUUGUCAACCCCGAGAACCAGAAUUACCAGAUCUACUCCAUCAACAUCGCUCUUUGCCUGACGGGAACGACAAUCCUGUUGUUGCGCCUCUAUACGCGCAUGCGGUUGCAGAAGACCGUCGCGAUCGACGACUGGUUUUGUAUUGGGGCACAGAUAUGCGCGUGGUUGUUUGCCAUCCUUUGCAUGCUGAAUAUUCGGAACGGAUAUGGCGUUCAUAUGUGGGACUUGCAUCUGAGCGAGAUCAAGCCCUUCAAGCAGUAUGACCUCGCGGCCGAGGACAUCUUCGUCGUUGGAAUCUGGCUGGUCAAGACAUCCAUCUUGCUAUUCUACCUGCGACUUAGUCCCGAGAAACGGUUCCGGCAGAUGACCUAUGCCAUCAUGGCGUUUGUCGCCGUGUACAACAUCAUCAGUCUUCUUGUCUUCACGCUGGGCUGCCUUCCGGUCCAGGCAAUGUGGGAUGUGACCCUGAUGCCCACUGCCAAAUGUGUGCAGCAGCUGUCUUUCGUCUAUGCCAAUGCGGCGUUCAACCUCUUUUCCGAUCUGAUUACCCUGGCCUUGCCCAUCAAGCUCUGCUGGUCGUUGCAGACGACCGUGAAACAGCGGAUCCUGCUGAUGCUGGUGUUGAUGAUGGGUUCUUUUGCCUGUGUGAUUGCCAUUGUCCGCAUCGUGACGAUGAUGCCGUUUGUGGACGACAUGGACCUGACCUGGUACAAGGUGACCCUGGCCAAAUGGGCGUACGUUCCCCCUACCCCGCGUCUAUAUCUCGCCUCAAGGACGAAUGGAGCUAAUGAUGACAGUAUGGUGGAGAUCAACGUGGGUAUCAUCUGUUCCUGUCUGCCGGUGAUGCGCCCCCUGCUCCUCCAGAUCUUUCCCAGUCUUUUUGGCAGCCAAAACAACAGUGGGGUGAAGCCGAUUCACCGGGCCGAUGGCAAGGACACGAUUGGCGCCUCACGCAAGAAGGUGAUUCGUAACUGGGACCAUCUCACCACGUUGAAGGGAACGACCGCGGCGGAGACGACCCACGAUGUGGAGAGUCUGCAUGAGACGGCCAAGCAUGAUGACGGCAGCGAGCCAGCCAUCAUGAUGGCGACCGAGUAUUCCGUGACGUCUAAGCGGCUGUCAAAAUAG